GGCCAGGCGAACGUAGGGACAGAGAACGGUUGUACAGGCGGUCUCCCUGCGAGCUGUGAGAAAAACGUAGCCUGGAAAAAUGUCAUAGUCCCGUUCGUGUACGAACGUAGUUACGUGUCCACGCCUUCCUUUUUCCCUCUCUAUCUAUCUCUCUUUCUUCCAUCCUCCGAUCUUCUGUCCACCCUUUUCCUCCCUGUCGUCCUGGAACCACUACACCACCUUCGGAGAAAGCAAGCCUCGCUCACCUCUACCCCGGCGGUAUAGUGAAUCAAUAAUUAAAGUGAUAGUGCGACGAUUACCGUGGUGGGCAAGAUGUCGGUGAAGAUGAUGAUGUACAAGCAGGCGGAGUUCGAGGACGAGGACAGCAGCAGCAUCGGGUCCGGUGCGCCGAACGGCGAAGGAAUCAGCACCUCUGCUACGCACAUCAGAUACCGUUCGGGUACAUCGCUGUGGCGAGCGAGGAGCGCGCUGGAGAGAUGCCUGUUCAUCAUAUGCGCGGGUCUGCUGCUGAUGGUUGUGAUGCUGUCGAUCGUGAUUAGCAGUAAAAACGGUUGGGACGAGGCGCAUAUACACCACGUGACGUCCCACGGAGAAGAUGGCACGCACUGUUUGACGGAGCACUGCGUGACCGUGGCGGCUUCGAUCAUAAACAGUAUAGAUCGUGCGGUGGAUCCGUGCGAGGAUUUCUACGAGUACGCCUGCGGCGGAUGGAUGAAGAGGAAUCCUAUACCGGAUGGGAACAGCAUGUGGGGAAAGUUCGAUAAGCUCGAGCAAGACAAUCAAUUGGUGGUCAAGAACGUUCUUGAGAAACCGCUCAGCGAGAUGAAGUCGAAGGCGGAGAAGAAGGCGAAGUAUUAUUUCCUCUCGUGCAUGGACGCGAACGAUACGAUAGAGACCCUCGGGGCUAAGCCUAUGCUCGAGUUGCUGGACACAGUCGGUGGCUGGAACGUAUCCGGAAAGUUCAACGUGAGCGCGUGGUCAUUGCAGAUCAGCAUGCACGUUCUCCAGAAUGUUUACAACAUGGACGGUCUGUUUACGUGGUCGGUGAACGAGGAUGAUCGAAAUAGUACCAGGCACAUCAUACAAAUCGAUCAAGGAGGGCUGGCCUUGCCGACCGCUGACAAUUACCUGAACGUUACCGAGCACAGCAAAGUGUUGGUAGCCUAUCUGGAGUACAUGACAAAGAUCGGCGUGCUGUUAGGCGGCGAGGAGAAUUCGACCAGGAAACAGAUGCAGGAGGUGAUAAACUUCGAGACCAAGUUGGCGGGGUUCAUGACACCUUUGGAGGAGCGUAGGGACGAGGAGAAGCUUUAUAAUUUGAUGUCGUUGACCGAGCUCCAACACAGAGCACCUUUUAUGUCCUGGGUGAACUACUUUCAAAACGCCACGCGACUGGUUAACAAGAAGAUCAAUAGCAAGACGAUGAUAGUGAAUUUCGCACCAGAAUAUUUCGCGAAACUGUCGAAACUCGUGAUCGAGUAUAACAGCACGGACGAAAAGAAAAUAGUGCUGAAUAACUAUCUGGUUUGGCAGACCGUGAGGUCCCUGACGGGCUAUUUGUCGAAGCCGUUCCGCGAGGCUUAUAAGGGUCUCCGUAAAGCUUUGAUCGGCUCGGAAGGCCACGAGGAACAGUGGCGUUAUUGCGUCAGCGAUACCAAUAACGCGAUGGGCUUCGCGAUCGGCGCCAUGUUUGUCCGGGAAGUGUUCCACGGGAAGAGCAAACCUAUGGCGGAGGAGAUGAUCGAUGAGGUGCGUAAAGCUUUUACGAAGAAUCUGAAGAAUCUCGAUUGGAUGGACGCGGAGACCAGACGGUCUGCCGAGGAGAAGGCCAACGCUAUAACCGAUAUGAUCGGUUUUCCGAAUUUCAUCUUGAAUCCGAGCGAGCUGGACGAACGGUACAGAGAUCUGACGAUCAAACAGAACGAGUAUUUCCAGAAUAACAUACGAGUGAGCAAAUACAUCCUGAAGAAGAACUUGGAGAAGCUGAAUCAGACUGUGAACAAGACCACUUGGAUCAUGACCCCGCCCACAGUGAACGCUUACUACAGGCCUACCAAGAAUCAGAUGGUGUUCCCCGCUGGUAUUCUGCAGAGUCCGUUCUACGACAUGGAGAAUCCGAGCAGCUUGAAUUUCGGCGGGAUCGGAGUGGUUAUGGGACACGAGUUGACCCACGCGUUCGAUGAUCAAGGAAGGGAAUACGAUUUACACGGGAACUUGAAUCAAUGGUGGAACAACGCUACAAUCGACAGGUUCAAAAAUCGAACGGAAUGUUUCGUGGAGCAGUACAGCAGCUUCGAGAUACACGGCCGACACGUGAACGGACGGCAAACUCUAGGAGAGAACAUCGCGGAUAACGGAGGCCUUAAAGCAGCGUAUCACGCGUACAUCACGACACCGAAAAGCUACCCGGAUCAGCUACCUCUACCUGGCCUGAAUCUGACUCAUCGUCAGCUGUUUUUCCUAAAUUUUGCUCAGGUCUGGUGUUCAGCUGUAACGUCCGAAGCGGUGUCCCUACAGAUCGAGAAAGAUUCUCACUGUCCAUCGAAGUACAGAGUGAUAGGGCCUCUACUGAAUCUGCCGGAAUUCGCCACGGAGUUCAACUGCUCGAAGGGGUCACGAAUGAAUCCGAUUCACAAAUGCGAAGUCUGGUAACGCGUCGUAACCUUUCCGU